AUGCAGACCUCCGUGACUCAUCGACUUCGUGAAUUGGACGAUGCGCUGCAGGGUGCCUUUGCAGGGAUCCAGGAGCAGGUGAAGCACCUGCGGGAAGCCGUAGAGGACCUGGAAGACAGAAGCAGGACAAAGUCGGAAGAUGGCCUGGAGGCCUUCACAGGCCAGCAGUCCUGGGUGCUGAAGGAAGAGACCUGGGUGAUGAAUGAGAGUCCCAGCAUGGGCGACGAAGAUGCAAACACCUUGUCUCCGGCAGCCUUGUCGUUACAGCGGUCGGCAACUUCACAGCUAGAACGUGAUAGCACCCGCCAUUCACACCUACGCUUGAACUCCCACCUGAUGGAGCUGUCCAUGAAGGCUGAAGAAGCUGUGGAGGCCAUCGGCAAGGGCCGAUGGACAUCAAGCAGAGACAUCCCCAAAACAGCCACCAGAUCUCGCACGUUCAGCGCUGACAUCAGUGAUCCAGCGUACUGCAGGGUCCUGCUGCCGGAUGACAAAUUCCGUCUCGCCUGGGAUACGGCCAUUAGUUUCGUAAUUGGCUUUGAAAUAUGUAUUCUGCCACUUUGCACUGCCUGGAGCGUGACUUUUUCACCUGGCCAUGCUGCGGACGCAGGUUCAAUGGCAGCUUUCCUGCAGGUCUUCUCUGCGUCUACCCUCAUUCUAUGGCCCCUUGAUAUCAUCUUGGAUUUUAACACAGGGUUUUACAGAAAGGGCCACUUGCGCCUCAAGAAAUCGGAAAUCGCAAUGCGAUACCUUACAACGUGGUUUGCCUUCGACAUCACGAUGGUGGCACUGGACGUCGCUGCAUGCAUUACGUCGGAGCGGAAUGACAGUUUGUCUCAAACCUUGCGGAUGCUACAGAUGCUUCGGGUUCUGCGCAUUCUUAAGAUCGGGAAAAUCAGCGUGAUUCUUGAGAACCUGGUGAUCGCCACCGGGAAUUACUCUCUGAUUUUGACUUUGACGGUGGGCAGGGUUGUGGUGUCGAUUGCAGCCGUGGCCCAUAUUUUGGCCUGCAUUUGGUAUGCUUUAGGUCAAUCCGUUUCGAACAGCUCCGAGAGAAGCUGGCUCGACCUGGCAGGGAUCGCGAGUCUGCCACCUGCAGAUCAGUACGUGCAUGCAGUGGCCUGGAUCCUUUUGAUGCCUAAUCCGCCAGUGCUUGAGCCGGACAGUACCAUGGAGCACUAUGCGUGCGUGUUGCUUUUCAUCACCGUCGUGCUUGUCAUUGGCUCGGCCUUAUCCAUUGUGACCGGGACCCUCAAUGAGAUUAGGCAGGUGAGCAGUGAAAACAGUCGAAGGCGGCGUCAACUCAGAAUUUACCUUCAGACUAAGGGCGUGCCCACUGGCAUGACGAUGCGUGUCAUGAGCUAUGCAGAUUACAAGCUUGGGUGGCAUUCUCAACUCAAUUUCGACGCCAGCUUAGUAUCUCCAAGGCUUGAGAAGGAGCUCGCUUUUUUGCAGCUCGGGGGCCAGCUCCAGCAGCAUCCUGUGCUUGACUUGGCAGCCCAUGUCUUCCCGGAGGUCUUCAAGGAUAUCUGCCGCGUCUUGGAGAGGAUCUUCUUUUGUGAGGCGGAGUUCGUGUUCUCUGCAGGCGCCUUUGCCGAGAAUAUGUACUUGACUUGGGCUGGUAAAUUCGCGGUGAACAUCUCGAACAACAACGCUUCUCCAUAUGUCUUUGCCGACGAGUUUCGAUACUUUGCGGAAGUUGCCCUCUACGUGGAAGCAGCCAUGCACGGAUACAGCUUGCAGACUAUUUCAUUCGCAGAUGUAUAUGCCCUUUCAAGCAAAAGCCUUUGCACAAUCCUGACAAACUCACCUAUGUGCGCAACAAUGUUUGUAGAAUAUGCCCUGGAGUUCGUGGCCAGACACAACUCGGUGGAAGAUGCUGGCUACAUCGAAGAAAUCCUCGAGCAAGAGGGCAUUUGUGCCGAGCACGCCUGCCAUGCCAACUCCUUCUACCUCGAGAUCUACGUUGACAGCCGCAAGGUCUUAAGGAACCUAGAUUUGUCCUACCUCCAGGAUGGCCUGGAGAUGAAAGUAUCCGGCGCCAAAACAUUGAAAGAUGAAUACAUGGACAUCAUCGGUCCGUCACCUGCUAUGGGCCCGGCAGCUCUUGUCAACCACAUUCUCUUCCACGAGGAGCCCAUCGACGGGGUGCUUGCGAAGCUGCAGAGGUCUUUUGUGGAGCUGGACCCCGAUGACGGCCUACAUGCUAGAUUUGCAAACGUCCAAGCCAACUCCGAGCAAGAGCGUGCUGAGUCGGCCAUCAUCAGCCUCGUUGCCUUGGUUCGUGGGGACUUCGAGUCGUAUAUAGCACCUCAAGAUCCUCAGAACCGGUUGGAGGAGUCGCAAUGGCAGCACCUUCAGGGCCUGCUAACAUGGGCAAAUCCAGAUGCAGAACAGCUUUUGGGUGUGAUAUUCCUCCUUGCAGUUCGAGGAAUCGGCAAGUAUAAAGCUCUUACUCGGCAGCUGCCAACGAACUAUCAGCGACCCGAGCAUGCAGUGCGAUACAUCUUGAACCACUAUCCCAACUGCAUGCCGUCCAUUGACAGUAUGUCCAUGCAGAUGCUGCAGAUGGCCAACAAUGUCCUUGAGAUACAGGAGUUCUUCAACUUUGCUCAGAUGAUCCAAGGAGAGAACGUGCCUGAAAAUCUGGAUCGGCUCCAACGAUUCAUGCAAGCACGACAGGGUGAGGGCUUGCUGAAAUUUUACAUACUGUUUCAGCUGGGUUUCAUGAGUGGCUUGGCUGGCGGCCAUGGAUCCAAGUUCAUGACGGUCCAUAAUGCAAAGUCGACGAUUUUGGGACUCUCUAUACUGAGGCGAGCUCAUGAGGCACCUGCCACGCCUCUCUACUGGACAUACAUACAUCACAGGGGGGUGCAGCUUGGAAUUACACCCUCCAAGCCAGCAGACCUCGCCCUAAUCCGACUUGCAUGCCUCCUCCGUGCACGGACUCCGAAAGACAUCGAAGAUCUCGACACUGCGUGGAGUGGCCUUGGAAGCAAUGAUCGCUUGGCACUCACUAAGCAUUUCCUCGCCGAUGGACUCACGCAAAAGGCCCUUGUCUUCGAGUUCCUCCCACUUUGUUUGGAGCACGCCAAAGCAAACCCUUUUGUCACCAUCAGGACGUUCCUGGAGGUUUUGGUAGACCUCAUCCAGGCAGCCAAGGGAGCAGCGCCCAAGAAGUUCAUGACCUUCGCAGUCGACCUGAAUGAUUUCUCCGCCUUUGUACUCACGGUGCAGAACAGCUACAUCUUCCAAACGUGCCUAACAAGAGCCAAGCUGCGUGUCGCAGUUGGCAAUCGCUUUUCUUUGGAGGUGACACAGGACAAUUGGCGACGUGUCACUGAAUCACAAUCCGACAUGAUCAAUUUGGCGUCGGCAAUUCGAGAGCUAACCAGGAGGCAGGGUGCCAAAACAUCGGGCCAGGCCGCGCCAGCACAAACUUUUGUCCAUUGCCAUUUCUGA